UCGGCGUGAAACUCGGAGCAGCGCGCGGCCGGCGCGGCGUCGUCAGUCAACCUCAGUCGUCGCGCGGCAUCCGUGUGAGACGUAUCGUGCUCAUUUUAUAUAGCAAAGUUGAACUCGAACCGGUCGACGAACUUUUGAAAGCUCCGCCUGUGCUCGUAUGUCGAGACAGAAGUCAAAGUUUCGAUGACUUUGCCGGUCCUUCAAGGAUCAUUACGCGAGCAAUUAAUCAGAAUACAAUUCGCUUCUCUCAAAUUGUGCAUUUAAUUAUAGUGCAUCGCAAAUGUUUCCAUCCGCGACGAAUAAUUGACUUUCGACAACAAAUAGUUCCGAUUUUCGCGAAUUCUCCCGAAGGAGAAUUUACCUUCCGCGAAGGGUCGACCGAGAUGAUCGCCGGAUUUGUCAGAUGCAGAAAUUCGUUUGAAAUAAACUAUUUAACAACGUAAUUAAUCACGAAGUCAGCUUUAAUCAGUCACGGAUCGAGGCAAGUGGAAGAAGGAAAAGACGAAUCGCCAAAGUAGAGUAAGAUGUUCUUGGGUCAGCCGUAAUCUUUCGAUUGACCGAUCGACAAUCCGCGCGUUUAGGACGAUAAUCGGUGUACGAACGGCACGCACCUCCGUGACUGCACGCAUUAAGGGCAUUAAGGGAACGCGCGUAGCAUUAAGAUCAAGCAUCGAGAACACUUCGUGAGAAGAGCAAUCGCGCACGCUGAUAAUCGGAAUCGAUCUCGUGCCGAUUAAAUUCAAAUUCGGACCAAAGGGAAUAUCGGGACGGAAUCAAGUGGCUGCAUCGAAUCCCACAAGUUUCAAAUUACGCAUGAUAUAAUCCUGAAAAAUAAGAUAAAAAUAAUGCAGAAGAAGAAAUCAACGAAAAAUUGUAGAAAAAUACGCUGUUUCAGAAAUAAAAAGAAAUGCUGAGCGUUUUAACGACCUGCUAUCGCUCUCGCACAAAUUAAAACCUUGAGAUACAAACGGAAUAUCAAAUAACGUAAAUUUCGGACUAAACAAGAUUUGAGAAAAAGGUUAAAAAAACCUUUGCAAAAAUGAAACGAUCUCGAGCAGCUGUACCUUUGGAGUUAAAAUUUCCGAGUAAAAAUUAGACAUUAUUUAAUUUCAACGAAAAAUAAAAAUAAAAACUAAAAUCCCGAGAAUAGCAAAUAAUUUCGAGCGUCUCUGGACGAUGUAAUACCGUCUUCGUUCGAACUUAUAAAUGUGAAAUCAUUGUAUUUCCUCUGCAUGCAAUAUUUCGCAAAAUUCUCGAGUUAUCUCUUCUACGUUUGAGAAACUUGUAAUAACAAUUCUCGUGGAACAAAGAAACUUCGUGUAUAAGAGGAACAUCUUUUCUUUCCGAUUACACAUCUGCCGCUCUCGCGAGGCUCGCGGCUAAGGAAAAUAAUAAAAGCAAGAAUAAUAAAUGAAAAGAUAUAACAUUUAAUCCCCAACGGGUUGAUUAACGGAAGAAAACCAUUCUAGAAAGGAAUAAUCCUUUUUCCGAUAUCGCAUUAGCGCCGAAUCUGCUGACGCGCGAUGAAGCGUGGAAGUCACUUCGUUGGGAUCACCAUCUGGAUAAUCUCGAACUAACUGCGAUCUUCCAGCGGCGGUAUGACUGACGACAAGCGUUGAGUUCGCGGCACCGUUUUGCAAAGCGCAGUUUGAUAACGCGACUCGCCAAACUUAAAUGUCAGUCCGACGCGUUCCGGUGCAUCGUCGUUGCACUCCGAAGAUUUCUAUAUACACCAAAACGCUUACCAUAGCGCUCAAAUGCAGUGAUCGAGAGAUAAAGACAACUAUCGCGCAUCAUUUCAAGAGAUUUUGCUGUGCCAUCCGCUGUUGUGCUUGAAAAGGGUCGAAGCGUGUCGUGAAAACCGAUUCGUCAAGCAAUAAUCGGGGGAUGUUGCUGAGAAAAAUCUGAAGAGAUAGAGAAAGAGCGAAAGAGAGAAGUCAAUAACGAUGGGAGACGCGUUGAGAUGCUGCAUAAUGUGAAGAGGAACAUGAAGUAACGGACAGCGAGCGACGCGCACUGUUGCCCCGGAAGGCUUUCCAGCGUCUGGCAAGACUGAUAACAUGGAGAAAUACGGCAUGGAUUUCCCGAAAAGGGAAUGGAGUCACAGGCUCAGUCUUCGUGGUAGCCGAAGGGCUCACGAGGGCGAAAUUGGGCCCAAAACAAUAUCCGGAGCUCCCAGAAGCACCAGAAGAUGGGCAAGCCUGAGGCAACAUGUGAGCAGCAGCAAUGAUGGUGGUAAACCGCGCGUUGAGUUGUUGUUCGAUACGCAGAGUUCUAAACCCUCCACCCCGUCCUCGCAACCGCAUACACCGAAUACGCCGAAAACACCACAUACCCCGCCCAUUAAGAAGUCCAAUUGGGAGGUCAUCGAGCACUUUACUGGCGCGCCGCGUCCGUCCAUCAUUACGGUGGCCAGAGGGUCAGAGGUCGGUAUGGCACCAACGACCGGAAGGGAGUCCAUAACGGAAACUACAGCGAACGCGGGAAUCACGCAACGCACACGGAAAUGCGCUCUGAGCAGAUUCCUGAGCUCGUUAUGCGGCUCUCAUCGCUUCAAGAAUCUGCAGGUUGAAAUGUUGUACCAGCGCUACUUCCUACGCAUGAAUCAAAGUAAUAUGACACACGUGCUCGGUCUACUGGCCGGUUUGGCGUUCGCAUUGGGCCUACUACUUAUUGUGAAAUUAACGAGCGGCGACCUCUUCACCCUGCUACGAAGACCCGACAAUCUCUCUCUCGCGAUUACUCUAUUAACCUGCGUCAUAGUUUAUGCUGUAUUGGUGGCAGCAAUUUCUCGACCGGGCAUGAAUGAGAUCUGGCUGGCGGGUGUCAGCGGCGCAGUGCUGGUUACCCUGCUAGCUUUGCAAGUGACUCUAAGCUUUCACUUGGCGAGCCUGCACGAAGACCCCGAGACUAGCGACGAUUCGUCAUCCUCCAGGUCAAGUAAUCCUCACACCGGAGGACCAGUCGCCGCCGCCUUGGCGGUCUGUUUCUUCAUCUACAUGGCCUACGCUCUCCUACCGAUCAGACUUCGACACGCCUGCAUCGCCGGAAUCGUCUUCUCAGCCGCUCAUCUCAUCGGAGCUUUUUUGCUCUAUCGGCAAGAUUAUCCAUCGUUGCUAGCACACCUGCUAAGCUCUAUCGUGGUAGUCGGUGGAACGAAUGUAGCUGGUGCACUGACACAUCACCCCCGGGAAUUGGCGCAAAGACAGGCAUUCCUCGAAACUCGACAAUGCGUCGAAGCACGUCUGACCACGCAGCGAGAGAAUCAGCAACAGGAGAGGCUUUUACUCAGCGUGUUACCCAGACACGUUGCUAUGGAAAUGAAAGCCGACAUAGCCGGAAAGCCGAAAGACACGAUGUUUCACAAAAUUUAUAUUCAAAGACACGAGAAUGUUAGCAUUUUAUUCGCCGACAUUUGUGGAUUUACCUCGCUCUCCGAUCAAUGCACUGCCGAAGAGCUCGUCAGAUUGCUCAACGAACUUUUUGCGCGGUUUGACAGGCUAGCUGCUGAGCAUCACUGCCUCAGGAUAAAACUCCUUGGAGACUGCUAUUAUUGCGUUUCCGGGCUUCCAGAACCGCGGCCCGAUCAUGCUCACUGUUGCGUAGAGAUGGGAUUGGACAUGAUCGAUGCAAUAACGUUGGUUCGCGAGGUAAUGGCGGUAAACGUAAAUAUGAGAGUAGGCAUCCACACGGGUCGGGUUCACUGCGGGGUCCUCGGUUUGAGGAAAUGGCAGUUCGAUGUUUGGAGCAACGACGUGACCCUAGCCAAUUACAUGGAAAGCGGAGGGAUACCCGGACGUGUGCACAUCACGAAGGAAACCUUAGAUUGCUUGGGUGGAUUCUACGAAGUCGAGGAAGGCCACGGGGGCGAAAGAAAUGCGUACUUAAAAGACCAUAACAUCAGGACUUACCUAAUUGUCCCAGGUGACACAUUCAAGGAUAAUAUAACUACUUCCGGAAUGAGAAAGAACUUUCCUGCGAAUGGUAAUGUGUCCAAAGAAAUGAGGGUUAUGGGCCACGGCUCGCAACAUGGAAAACAAACUAACAGAUUAGGUUUCGUCGAAACCAUCGAGAGCGAAAAGGAUCCCGAAGAUGAGGUGAACGAAUACCUAAUGAGAGCGAUCGAUGCUAGAAGCAUAGAUCAAUCGAGAGCAGAGCAUUGUACGCCCUUUAGAUUGACAUUUCGAAGACCGGACGUCGAAGAAAAAUAUUCGCGCGAGAGAGACAGGAUGCUCUCGGCUUAUUUUGUAUGCUCCGGUUUUGUUUACAUGGUCGUUGUGGUCGCAAUAGCCAUCACCCUUAGCAGGAGCAUGUACUUCUACAUCUGCACAGGAAUUAGUAUAUUGGUGAUAGCCGUGGUUAACGGUAUCUUAUUAGCAGAAAAAAAUGAGAAGGUACCGCAAUGGAUGAGAAGCGCGGCCUUGCAAAUCUUGGAGAAUCGCAUCGUCGCGCAGGGCGUCGCGUCUAUCGUCGUGUUCCUGACGUUCAUCACGGUAUUAUCACCACUAAUCACACUAGACGGAAUUGACGUUUGCAACAACACUAACGCUUCGCCUUUCGCGGAGUGGGAUGAGAAUUCCGCCGUGCAGAAAGUGCCAGCAAACGUCGACGUAGGCACCUGCGACUAUAUCCUUUUCUGUGAUCUGUUUCCGGUUCUGGUGAUGCUAGUGAUGGUGACCUGCGCGGUGUACCAGAUCCUAACAUCGGUCUUUAAAGUAAUCGUAUUGAGCAUCGUCGUGACUUGUUAUCUCGGGGUCAGCAUUUACCAGGCACUACAUGAGGGCGUCGUCGAACAAGCUGAAAGAUGGUUGGCGGGCGUUCUGGUGGUUUUCUUCAUGGCCUGCCUAGUGGCACACUCUCAACACACAGAGACGACCUACAGAUUAGACUUCCUGUGGAAAUUGCAAGCGACCGAGGAGAAAGAGGAGAUAGAACACUUAAAGGCCUACAACCAGAAACUGCUCGCGAAUAUACUUCCGGAGCACGUAGCCGCCCACUUCCUAUCUACUGUCAAUUCAGACGAAUUAUACCACGAACAAUGCGAUUUUGUAUGCAUUAUGUUCGCCUCAAUUCCGAACUUUUCGGAGUUCUACGUCGAGCUCGAAGCAAAUAACGAGGGCGUGGAAUGUCUCAGACUCCUCAACGAGAUCAUCGCUGAUUUCGACGAGAUACUCGCCGAAGAGCAGUUCAAGUACAUCGAGAAGAUCAAGAGCACGGGCGCCACGUACAUGGCCGCUUCGGGCUUAACGAAAAGCACCUCUGACAUGCGGGAUUUCAAACACAUAGUCGCUAUGGCGGACUAUGCUCUGAGGAUCCGCGAGCAGCUGGCCUAUGUAAAUGAACACAGCUUCAAUAACUUCCGCAUGCGUGUGGGCAUCAACAUCGGACCGGUGGUCGCCGGCGUGAUUGGCGCCAGGAAGCCGCAAUAUGACAUCUGGGGCAACGCCGUGAACGUGGCCUCCAGGAUGGACUCUACAGGCGUGCUAGACGGGAUUCAAGUCACCCAGGAGGUUCGCGAUAUUUUGGUCGCGAAAGGAUAUUCGCUCACCUGCCGCGGGACGAUUCAGGUCAAAGGGAAAGGUAGCAUGAUAACUUACUUCCUGGACGGCCCACGAGACAUCACGAAAUCUAAUCAGGUGGACGCCACCAGGACGAAUUCGAACAACAAUACCGAUGCCAUAGAGAAAAUCUCCAACAAUGGGGCUGUCUGAUUGGGAACGCUUGAGCAAGAAUUCGUGACGGAUAACGCAUCAUGCCAACGAUAGAAAGUACCAAUUAUUAAUUCCUGAGGUAUUUAAGACUUCUUCCAUGUAUUCGAGCCCAAAAACGGCCAUGUAAUAUUCGUGGCGUGUACACAAAUUGGAGUCAUCGAGUGUCGUCUGCAAACGACAUCAAUCGACCUCCGACGAAUAGAACAAUCGCGCCAUUAGUUUUAAGUUUCAAGGUAAACGAAGUAUAAUUGACAUUUACAAGAGUAACCCCGGCAUUUCGACGUAGAUUUCGUACAUACAAAUAAUUUCUUUCGCUUAAUCAUGUGCCAAUUUAUAAAUCAGGAGGCUAAAAAAACGUCCGAUCUUGAAAAUCAAACCAUCCAA